AUGGCUACUCCAUCAACAUUAGACCCGUACAAGACCCUCGGCGUGGAGGCGGGUGCAGACGCCGCCGCCAUCAAGAAGGCCUACCGGAAGCUGGUGUUAACCUGUCAUCCCGACAAAGUCACCGACGAGUCGCUCAGGGAAGAGAAACAAGAGGAGUUCCACCGGAUACAGCAAGCCUAUGAAACCAUUGGCGAGCCAGACAAGAGAGAGCAGUACGAC